AUGGCGGAGGCGGAAGGGGCGAUCGGUACGGGCGUGGAAUCGGAGUUGGACGAGGAAGACUUUGCGUUCUCGCGGAGUUACUUCCUGGCAAAGGAGACCGGGGGUGCCUCUAAGAGGAAGUCAGCGCCGAAGGUCAGCGACAUAAACCCCGUCGACGAGCAGGUAAGCCGGCAGUCCCGAUCCCAUCAUCACCAGGGGGAGUCAUUUUCGGGUGAAAAUAAAUAGUCGAUAGAUGAUUCCGUUCUCUGGUUUCUUAUUCGACCAUUUCCGGUCAGUUAUUACCACGUUCUGGGGGGGGCAUGUCGUCGAGCAGGUAGAGAACGUGGAUGUGUGUGAUGUCGUCUGAUCUUUGGCAGACUUCGCUUAGUGCUUGGUCCUUCAAAACUUCUUGGUGAAUGAUGCAUUCUUUGACGCCGAAUGGCUUCAUCCGAAGGAAUCUCUCUGUGAACUAUAAACUCAAUAUCCGAAUGAGAUCUUAUGGGGUUUCCCUCUGAAGGCCCCGGUUUGGUAGCACCCCGGUAGUCCUUAUACAAUCAUUCACUUUAUCAUUGACAUAGGCAUGUACGAAACAAGUCAAACCACUAAUUCAACAUCAUCUGCGGCUUUCUAUUGCUGCAUGAAACAUGGACUUGCCGUUCUUUUCUCUCAUUAAAGUUUCAAAAUCAAGCUUGUUAAAAGAACGUCCCCGGAAGGAUACUCAUUUUUAAUUUUAUUAAUCUUCUAUCAAGGUCCCUGGUUUGAAUUCUCUUGAAGAAGUUGUUGAUACAUUCAUGUCUGAAGACACGGGAUUUCUUUCCAGGUCCUGAGAACAACAUUGUCUGGACUUCCAGUAAAACACGGGAAGGAGAUAAAAACUCUGCUGAAUAGCUACAAAGAUCUAUACCCAGAGUGGCUUUUCGAACUGAGGUUUGUUCACUUUAUACCUCCAAGCUAUGGGUCAAAUUUUAAAUAGCAUUUGACAUCCAUUCGUGUUUGAAUUGAAAUAAAAUCUCAAUGCUUGAUUCCCUUGAUCUUCAUUUUCUGCAAUCUGAGCCGAUUUCUUAGAACUAGCAUUCAGUCGCCUCGUGCAUCGUCUUCUUAAUAUUCAUUAGUGGUUUAAUGGUAGUCAGCAAUGUUUCGAUGAUAAUGAUAAAAAAAAAUAUAUCAGUAGAGAAAGAUACCUACCCUUCUUUCUUCAGUAUUCAUCUUCUCAUCUAUGUUGAACUUUAAUGCAUUUCAGAAGAAAUUAAUCCUCAGAAGAAACUUAGUUGCUCUCGUGAAAGCUUUUCAUUCAGACAAAACUGACCCUCAUGUUCUUGCUGUUAAAAUCAUGCCCAUAAAGCAAAUGUUUUUUCUUGAAUGUUUGUUAAUUCAUCUAUUUUGUGUUUCAACCAUAGUUUAUCUCUGAAGGCGUUAACUUGAUGUCUUUAUAAUCGAUCUUUAUGAUCAUAAUUGAUGAUUUUUUGUUUAGACAUGAACCUGGGUCGUAUAAUGUCAUCUGCUCAAAGUCAGCUCCUCAAUAGUUGUUUCUGGUUCUGAUUGACCAUUGUGAUUACGUGGUGGUUAAUGGCAUGCGCAUGAGAAAUAUAAUUUAGGGGUUGAAACACUAAAGGAUUUUGCUUCAUAUCACUGUGAUUAAUAAAUCAUCUACAUUCACCUCAAUAUCAACACUCUUUAACUCACAUUUUUCACCAACCAGAGGUCGAAUCUCAAAUUUUCUUCCUACAGAGUAUCCUUUUGGGAAAGGUCUACAUCUUCUGAUGGAUAUCACUUCCAAAAUAGAGAAGGGCAAAACGUUUUUGACCCUGGUGGCCCAAAAAUGGUUGGCUAGCAUUCCGAAAACUUGAAGGAUGGGCUACAAGGAUGAGGUGGCUCAAAAUCAGAUUAGGCCCAUAAUUGGAGACGUAAGAAUUACAUCAAUGACUAGUUAAGUUAAUUUUUUCGUACACUUUAAAUCUAUUUUAAAGUACUUUUUAAAGCAUUUGAAUGUUUUUAAAGUAUCGUUAACAUAGAUCCAUUUUAUUAAAGAGAUUCCAACUGAAAUUCGGCAUAUUUAAAGCCUUCUACACUGAAACCCCGGAGGCAUUUUGAGUUAGUACGAAUUCUACUUGUUUGAGGUUUCCUCUCCAUAUGUUUGUGGAUUCAAGCACCCCCUUGUGGAUUCAAGAGAAUAUCGUGAUCCUUAUGAAUCCAUCAAGUUCUUGAGGACUCAAGGAUUAGGGUUCUGUGGAUUUCUUCAUUGAAAUUCUGUUUUUUGUAAAUUCAAGGGCGAAAUUUCUUUUUCACAUAACUCCCUUUUCGUUAAUUGGUAUCAAAACAAGGUUUCAGGGCCUCCUAGCAUCAAAUGAGGAGUUUUAUGAUCCAUGUGGACUGAUUGUCUAGGUCAUUCCUUCUGGAUUCAAGGAUUGAGGAAAAUUUGUGCCUUAUGAAUUCAGGCCUGACUCUAAUUAUUGAAAAUCUUUCAUGAUAUGAUGCACCGUUGAUGAUAUUCUUUCUAAGUCUUGGACCCGAGAAGACCAUCUCUUCAAUCUGAAAAAUGUGUUUAAUCACCUUAAUUAAACAUUUCAGUAUAGGCUCCCGAUUGAACCCUAAAAAAUGUGUUUUUGGAGCAAAGUCCGGAAAACUCCUAGGAAUCUCCAUUAGUCGGAGAGGGAUUGAGAUUGAUCCGAGUAAAGCGAAGGCAAUCAUAGAAAUGCCGCCACCAACAAACGAGAAAGAGAUUAGGGGAUUUUUUUGACGAAUCCCAUAUUUGAGCUGAUUCAUUGUACAGCUUAUGCCGAUUGGUGAACCGCUGUCCCUUGUGGAUUCACGACUGGACUUGUAUUAUUCUGCAAAUUAUGUUGCAUCAAGUAUUCAAGCCUUUUUUUAUUUAUCAAGGUUUCAAGAUUCGAUGGUUUUCAUGUUGUUCAUGAGGUAUGCACCAUAUAAACAUAGACAUUUCCAAGUUUUAUUAAAGUCUGUUAGAACUUUCCAGAUGUGCAUGAUACAUUGAUAUAAAUACCUAUCAAUGAACAUCAUUUAUAUUUUACUAUUAGUAAUCAGAAUGAUAAUGAGUUGAAACGUUGGGAAUUUCAUUGGGCAUAGUAAUAUGAAUAAUAAGUUUGAGAAGAAAUAUGUAGAAGAAGAUAUUAUAAAUUUACAUUCUCAUUUAUUGGUUGUGAAGAAGCUCAUGUUUAUACUGAAGGAAGAUGACCAGUCUCAUCAUCACAAUAUUGCUAGAAUGCAAUCCACUAUUAGUGAAAAAUUACGUGAUGUUAUUAUUUACAAUGAAAGUAGUAAAAAUUAUGUUUCUGCUGUCGUGAGGGUUUUAUAAAUAAACCCUGUACUUUCAUAUUGGCAGAUAUGCCCUGAAUACUUGGAAUCAUGUACUCUCAAGGGUAUAAUAUAAUACUGGACCCCAUCUGUCUUGUAAAACAGAUUCUUGUUUUUUGUUGGAAAUAGAGAAAAAACCUUAUCACAAAGGACGGAGGGGAGAACGGCAGAAACCGCCUCAAGAUUCAUUCAACUGUAACCCCCAUUAUAUAGGGAGUAACGAUACACAACUUUUACCAAAACACCCUCAACUAAUUACACUAUUUCCCUACGACCUAAAACUUCCAACACCCCCCCUCAAGAUGAACUUUGAAAAAUUCAUCCUGACUUGUUGGCGAUGACAAAGAUCUGUUGUUGCAGCAACUCUCCCUUUGAUGGUAAUCACAGAUGACUGCCACUGAGGUUGUGGAUUCGCCAGCACCUUUGGCUCCUCUGAUGUUGUCAUGCCCCAAAGACAGCUCACUUGCUGCCCUUGUACACUUGCUGUCCAGAUUCUUUGAGAGAUUCCAAAAAACUGGUUUGUCCGCUGCGUUUUACUGAGUUUUAUACCAAGACCUUUAGGAGGAGCAUUGUAGGUGGACGACCUUUUGUUUUGCUUGAUAAAGAUUCAGUAUCAGUGCUCAAGCCAAACUAACCAGUGAGCUAUGGACAUCAAGGUCAGAAUGGGCCAUAUCCCAGUGCAGAAGAGGCUGAGAAUCAAAUUCUUCUCUUCUCACAGGAUGCCAAGCAGUGUCCUCUUGUAGCAUGUUCGUCUUGGCAUGGUGUUGAUCAUGCUUAAAUCGCCAUGGUUCAUAAGGAUAUAUGAGGGGCAAGAACGCCAAGUUCCAACAAUAUCUUCCACUAAUUUAUUGCGCGAAAAUGACUUGUGAGCGCAGUCAUGGCCUAUCACAAAAAACCCUGUCACUGCUGUGCCAGUCCAUGCCCAAGCCAGAGGGAGAAGAUACCAUGGAGAUUUAGAAAUCAUAAAAAUCCCCAAUGCAUAAGAGGUGACUGACAUCAAGACGGAUUUCCAAGCUUCACAUCAUGACUCUCCAUUUCACAAUAUUGCCUGACCUGAGUAACAGUUGCAUUCUCCUUGUUUCCAAGAGAGAUAGCUUCAUCAAAGGCAAAAAAACAGAUCAAAUGCACUUGUGCAGAUACCUUCUUCAUCAAGAUAGGAAGCAUACUCAGACACAAGUUUUGAUAAAAGUUUCAGUGUCUCCAGAUCUUCAAGAAUGUUGCUCUGCUUGUUUGUUACGAGUAUUAGAGAGCUUCAAUCGGCUGGUAGACAUAGCAUACACUUUCCAUCUCAACAAAGGUAUGCUGCUUUCCAGUACCAACAAGCUUCAGAAAUGCUGCGAGUAGGCCCUCUAUCCUUAUUCGAGCCAUAUCCACAAACUGCCUUGAGACAAGUGCUUUCCCAGACUAGACUUGCCUAUGAUGGAAGCCGCGAGGACAACCAUCUUGGAAAUCUGCAUAGUGUCAAAAUCUGACGCAAAGACUCUCAGCUAUUACAAUUGAUUUGAUGAUGGGGCUUAGCUCUCAGGAGAGGUGCAUCUCAGCACCCCUCCCACCGAUCGAGUAAUGAGCUCGCAGAGGAACUGGAAGGUGAAGACCAUUUCGACGAAAGUAGAGGUGAGCAGACAACACCAGAAAAAAUAGACUAUAGCAAUGUGAACUGUGGAGAACUUUGGUCACCAGACUAGGGAAGACAUAGAACUAAUGCUGAAUAGAAGGAGACAAACUAAGGAACAUGGAGUACGACACUGGAUAGACCUAGAUAUUUAUUCAGCCUCUAGACAGAAGGCUUGAUGCAGACAGAAAUGACGGCAAUGAAUUUGAAGAUGUCGUUGACAAACCUGCUACUGAUGAACUCAAAUAUACUGUCAAAUGACAGAUGAAGAUCAGUGCUCUCUCGUCGUAGAACUGCCUCGCCGGCAAAGAACCUCGUCGGAAGAGGAGAUGACAGUGAACUCGUCGUCCUAGAUUAGAGGACUGACGAAAGUAUAACCGCUCUAAAUGGCGGAAAGAAAACCUGCUCGAAAUGGCAGGAUAUCACGCCUUUAAACGGCGGAAAGAUAACAUGCCUCCAAUGGCGCAAUAAGUGCAUCAAGAUGACGCCAGAAAGAAACUCGGCAGAGGCGGAAGGCCUCGCCGCAAAGACACUCGGCAGAGGCAGAGUGCCUCGUCGGAAAGAUACUCAGCAGAGACGGAAUGCCUCGCCGGAAAGAUACUCGGCAGAGGCGUAAGGCCUCGCCGGAAGGAUACUCGGCAGAGGUGGAAGGCCUCGCCGAACAAAGAGGGGUUUGAAACCCUAACCUGUAACCUGUCUGUCGCCAGAUGUUAGUGGUGGCGUCGACGCUCCCCUAGACAAGCGACGUCGAGCAGAACCGACGCGGAACAGAGCUGGCAGCAGCAGCAGUGACGCUCUCUCAGGUAGGAGACGCCAAACAGAGGCCGCAGCAACAGUGGUGGAGGCGAUGGCACUCCCCCAGACAGAAGUUGGACAGAGCGGACGAACCUUAGCGGAACAAACCCGCUCUGAUACCAUGUUGGAAAUAGAGAAAAAACCCCGUCACGAAGGACGGAGGGGAGAACGGCAGAAACCGCCUCAAGAUUCAUGACUGUAACCCCAUUAUAUAGGGAGUAACGGUACACAACUUUUACCAAAACACCCUCAACUAAUUAUGUAUCGUAGGGAAAUAAUGUAAUUAGUUGAGAGUGUUUUGGUAAAGUUGUGUAUCAUUACUCCCUAUAUAAUGAGGGUUACAGUUGAAUGAAUCUUGAGGUGGUUUCCGCCGUUCUCCCCUCCAUCCUUUGUGACGAGAUUUUUUCUCUAUUUCCAACAUUUUUUAUUCAAUAAAGUUCUUUCUUCCUCUCCAAAUGUGUUGCGGGAUCUCCAGCAUACUAGAUUGAGGACUACCAUUCUACAUUCAACUAUGGUUAAAAAAUUAGGACUAAAGAUUGAGAGGCACCCUCAUAUUUUUAAUAUUGGGUUGAUAAAAAAGAACUUUGAAAUAAAUAUUUCAUAAACUUAUUUGUUAAAAUAUUCAGUUGGUAAAAAAUAUUUUGAAGUUCAAUGUGAUUUAGUUGACAUGAGUACCUGUCACAUGAUUUUAGAAAGGUCUUGGCGGUUUGACAUUGAUGCCACAUUUCAUUACAAGAAGAAUCACUAUUUAUUUUAUAGAACUGGUGAGAAAAUGAUUUUAUGCCCAAUGAAGGAGAGUGAUUUCUAUGUCAGUUGAAAAUAAUGUUAUGUCAGUUCAAAAUAAGGAAGAUUUUAGAAAAAUUUAGAAAAAAAUAUAAGAACAUAUCAGUGUUCAAACUUCAUAUGCGAGUGAUCAACAAUUACCAAAUGCUUUUUUAACUCUUAUAUUAUUUUAGAUUCGUAUUACUAUGACCCUUUGUGACACUGGAGAACAUAAUGAUUCAGUUCCAAUAACAAGCCUACCUGACUUUCAAUAUGAAUUUUGAAAAGAAUAGAAAUUCACAUGAUAUAAGAUUUUUUUAUGAAAAGGUUUAAAAGACAUUACGAAUCCAUGGGCAUUACAUGUUGGAAAGAGAGAGUAUGGUUUUUAUUAUCCAGUUCUGGAUGAUAUGUUUGGCAUAGUAUCUAUAGAUCCAAAUAUUUCUCAAAAAUUGACUCAGACAGUAGUUCUCUUCAAAUCAAGAUCUGUUCAUGUGAGAGAUGGAAUUUUUUUUCUCAAACAAUUGCAUGCUUUUUUCAAAUCAUUUGCAUUGUUUGCCUUGUCUAAUAUGAGGAUGAUGAGCCUAAUGAAUUUCUAUAUCAAAAAGUAUUUUGUCUCUUGUUUCAGUUAUACAUUCGGUUACAAAGGUCUAGAAGAACAUAUGUUUUAUUUGAAAGAGGUUUUGAGAGUUUUACAGCAGAAUCAGCUACACGUAAAUUUUCAAAAAUUUAACUUCAUCACUGGAAAUAUGAUUUUUUCGGGAUCAACCCAAAGAAUUUUACCAAAUUGUUUUUAGAAGGCUCCCAAAAUUGGCCAUCAAUCUGGUGCAUAGUUUUUAUAUAUUGAACCAUCUGUAGCAUAAAUUUCUGAAAAAUUCUGCUUCUAGCAUCAUAUCUAUUACUGAAUGUAUGAAGAAAGAAAAUCUCAGUUGGACAGAAGCAUCAAUAAGAAGAUUUGAUCUCUGUAAGCGAUUUGAACUUUCCAAGAGAUUUUAUCCAUUGUCACUCCCAAACUGAGGUUAUAAAUGAGACGCUAUGCCGUUUUGAUUCAUUCCAUUUCAGAAGAUAAAUCAGGAGAGUAGGAUUUGACCUUGGACUUUGGUAACAUGUCGCAUCAUUUCAAUCAUACAACUUCAAGAAGUCGUCCUUCACUCAGUUACCAGAAUGAUUUGGUAGGAUUAAUCAGAAACAUGAAGAAAAUGUUUUUGAAGGCAAUUAUUUGAUCAUUAUAAACUUGCAAAUAUACAGAUUUCAGUUGGAAGCUAUAACGAGGAGUUAAGGCCGAUGAUCCUAUUUGUGAACCUCUAUGUGUCUCAUCUUGAUAAUUAUGAUGAGAGUAUGAUGUUAGACAUCACUUCCAAAAGAGAGAAUGGUGAAAAGUUUUUGUGGGCCAGACGUUCCGAAAGCUUGAAGGAUGAGGUGGCCCAAAAUCAGAUUUGGCCUAUAAGAAAAUCGUGAGAAAUGCUUUAGAGAUUAGUUUAAGUUAAUUUUUCUCUUUUGGUACACUUUAAAUCUGUUUUACAGCAUUAUUUUUAAGCGUUUUGAUUUUUUUUUAAAAGUACCAUUAAAACAGUUUGAUUUUGUUAAAGGUAUUUAACAGAAAUUCGGCCUAUUUAAACCCUUACGCGUUGUAAAUCCGGAGGCAUUUUGAGUUGGUACGAAUUCUACUUGUUUGAGGUUUCCCCUCUCUAUGCUUGUGGAUUCAAGGCAAUAUUGUGAUCUCUGUGGAUUCAAGGGUUGUCCCAUCAAGUCCUUGUGGAUUGAAGAAUUAAUGUUUCUAUGUUCUAUCUUGUGGAUUCAAGAACGAAUUUUCUUUUUCAUGCAACUCCCACUGAGUCACCUUCACUGUGUCUUGUCACAAUUUUUUGUCAAAUAAUCUAAAGGAAAACAAGCUGUCAGAUGGAAGUCAAACUCUCGAAACGUCAUGAUAAAAAAGUGCCCUCUCUCUUUCUUCCCCAGGUGUUGCCUAGGAGUACUAACUUACGGUUUUGGGUCCAAAAAGACACUCCUUGAAGACUUUGCAACCUCAUCGUUGACCAAUCUUGGGGCGGUCGUCAUAAACGGAUAUCUUCCAUCAGUCAACCUGAAGCAGGUCACAACCUCUUAUCUUUUCGUUCAGUUGGGUACACUUUUCCCCUGAGAUGGAUCUUCUGCCGCAGGUUGUGCUUGCUUUAGCAGAGCUCUGGUGGGCCCAGUCCCACGGCAGGCGGAGGAGCUCAGCUAGGGAGCCUUCUGGCGCGCAAUCCAUGGAAGAUCUCAUCUCUUCCCUGGACGAAAAGCCCACAAAAGAUGUGGAGUCCUUCGUGUGCCUGGUCGUCCACAACAUCGACGGCCCCGCCCUGCGGGACACUGAGUCCCAGCGAUAUCUGGGACGAAUUGCUGCUUGCUCUGCCGUCCGGAUGAUUGCGUCUGUUGAUCAUGUCAACGCCCCCCUCCGUCAGUACUUCUAGCAACUCCACUAAUGAUGUUGUUGUUGAUGAGUAGAGAGAGAGAGAGUGAAGAGGAUAAUGUGUUGUGAUGGUUUGGGUGAUUUGGUUGCAGUGUGGGACAAGAAGAUGGUUCACAGGGAGUUCAGGUGGUGCUGGCACCACGUGCCGACGUUCGAGCCGUACAGAGCAGAGGGGGUCUUCUUCCCCCUCGUCCUCGCCAGCGGCCAUGCCGCGCAGACUGCAAGGACAGCCCUAACCGUCCUUCAGAGCCUCACACCGAAUGCUCAGAGCGUCUUCAAGGCCCUCGCCGAGUAUCAACUGGCCCAUCCUAAGGAAGAGGGUUAGUCCCUGCUCUCUCUCUCUCUCUCUCUUGCUUGACGCAUCUUCUCUACCGACAUCUCUUUCUCUCUCCCUCUCUCUCUCGUUCAGGGAUGCCGGGGAAUGCUCUCUACGGGAUGUGCCGCGAGCGGUUUCUGGUGAGCAGCCUGGUGACGCUGAAGUCGCACUUGGCGGAGUUCAAGGACCACGACCUUGUGAAGGUGAGGAGGAAUUCCGAGGGCCAGGAGUGCUAUCACGUGCCACUUGCCGACGACGCCCUGGAGAAGCUGCUACAAGAACUGAAUUAG